AUGUCGACUAAAAGUGAAUAUCUAAAUUUAAAUGAAAAAAUCCAUUUUAAUUUUCAAUCACGUCGAUCUGUUGUUUAUGGAACAAAUGGAAUUGUCGCAUCAUCUCAACCAUUAGCAUGUGAAGCUGGUUUAGAAAUCCUACGAAAAGGUGGAAAUGCAGCUGAUGCAGCUGUUGCUGUAGCAGCUGCAUUGAAUGUCACUGAACCAUGUUCAUGUGGAAUUGGUGGCGAUUAUUUAUUUGCUUGUUAUGGUGUUAUGGGUGGUUUUAUGCAACCUCAAGGUCAUGUUCAAGUCUUUUGUAAUUUAUUACAUUAUCAAAUGAAUAUUCAACGUGCACUUGAUCUUCCUCGAUUUUGUAUUGGUCCAUUUAUUCCAAAUGGAAAUGAAGAAGAUGAAUGUCCAAGUGAAAUCUUUUUUGAAGAUGGAAUCGAUGAAAAUGUUUUGAAGAAAUUACAAUCCUAUGGUCAUCAGGUGAAAACAAUCAAAUCAUUUGAACGUGCAAUGUUUGGUCGUGGUCAAAUCAUUUAUCGUGUUUAUAAUGAAGAAAAUCAAUUAGUUUGGGCAGCAUCGUCAGAUCCACGAGGUGAUGGACAUGCUACGGGAUAUUAG